AUGUUAUGUAAAAAAUCACCAGACGUGAGAUUCACGAUAUCAACUCUUAAAAGGAAUGUAGCAUCGGUAUCGAACAAUAAUGUUCUGCGAACUGAAAAUUUUGGAAAUGACGAUGAUGCAGAAGAUGGAAUAAAUGAAAGUAAACGUCAGCGGCUUACAUUUGUUAAAAAUGGACAAAUGAUUGAAUCAGGAGGAACACAUAAGUCAGAAAGUAGUUUAGUUAUACCAAUGGCAAUGCAGAAAGAUUGGAGACUUGAGCGCCUGUUACAGAUGAAAAGUGAGGGUAAAUUAAAGGAGGAAGAGCUAGCGAAGCUGGAACUACUUGUUGAGUCUGCUUCGUUAUUAACUCAGAAGAAUGGAAAUAAAGUUGAUGGUGAAGUUAGUGAUGUGGGUGCUGAUUAUGAUUCAGUACCAAUAGAUGUAUUUGGUCUUGCAAUACUGAGAGGUUGCGGUUGGCGAGAAGGUGAAGGAAUUGGUAAAACAAACAAGAAGGUAGUGCCUUUACGAAUUUCAACCAGGAGGCCGAAAGGACUUGGAUUAGGUGCUGCCAUCAUGUCAAAACCCAUUAAUAGUUUGAAUUCAGAUGCAGGAAAAUUGGACUGCUUGAAGAAAGCAUCACUUGUGAAAAUUACUGGGGGAAUAUAUAGGGAUUUAUAUGGAAAAAUUGAGAGUUUCGAUGAAGAUAACGCAAGCGUUAUUGUUCGGCUUGCUCUGUGUGGAAAAAACGUUCGUGUUAGUCACUAUGCUGUUAUUUUGGUCACUGAUGAAGAGUAUGAACGAAAAGCUUCUCAUGACAAUGGCAAGCAUUCAAAUGGUAAAAUCGGAAUGGUGGAUAAUGAAGUGAAAAUAUCGCAGGAAAGGGAUUACAAGAAACAGAAAUCAGAAAUUGUUAUCAAACCAAAUAUAAAAGAUAUGUGGGCACGACCAGAACUCAAAGUGCGGUUCAUCGAUAAGAGGUUCAAGAAUGGAAAGCUCUAUAAUGAAAAGGUCCGAAUUCUCGAUGCAGCCAACCGUGAGAACUGCACUGUGGAGGACUCUUCUGGAAAUAAAUAUUUCCAAAUCAGUGAACAUUGGCUGGAAACAGUUAUACCAAAAGCAAUAGGCACAAAGUUGAUGAUUGUGAAUGGCCAAUUUCGUGGGAAUAUCGCAGUGUUGGAAGCAAGAGAUAAGAAAAGGCAUAUGGUUAUUGCUAGAUUGAUAACUACUGAUGAAAUUAUUACUACCUCUUUUGAUGAUGCCUGUGAAUAUCUUGGUUCUUUUGAUGAAUUUUAG